CCAAAUUGGUUAUAGCAGGGGGAAGAAGGAGGUACGGAUUUUGGACCUGCUAAGGAGGAUGAGAGUAAACAUAUUGUUGCAAACGAGAGUGGUUUCGUUGUACACACAUAUACCAGUUUACAACAACAGAGAAUUACAGUAAUGUUCCUCGACGGGCGUUCUUCAAGAUGAAGCCGUAUUGCCAGAAAUUGCCAUUGGUAUUUGCUAGUUUUGCUGCUUUUAUACUAUGUUUGCAGCACGUUGGGGCAGUUAAAGGGACAGUAGAAGAAGAUCUCAUCAAUAACUUGACCAAUCACAACAUUCUAGUGAGACCUGUGACGUUUACAAAUGAGACUGUAACUGUGAAUAUGGGAAUGUCCCUGAUAAAGAUAUUGGAUAUUGACGAAGCUGCAAACAUUAUACGUGCAAGUGUGUGGCUACGAUUUUCAUGGAACGCCAAAAAUUUAGCAUGGGACCCAUCUAUAUAUGAUGUUGAUUUGGUACGCAUUCCGAUAAUGAAAUUAUGGAGACCCGAUAUUGUCCUCUACAAUGGAGUUGGAACAGAGAAGCACUGGGACGAGGGAGAACAUAAAAAUGCUGUGAUUACUAGGGAUGGGACGGUGGUAUAUAUUCCAUUUGCCACAAUUACGGCACAGUGUAAUUUGAAUUAUAGACUAUACCCUUACGAUGAGCAGACAUGCACUUUCAAGUUUGGAUCCUGGACCCAUGACGGGUUUAAGUUGGAUUUAGCGUUCUUCUCCGAUUUGGCCGCUAUUGACACAAAUGACUACAUCGGUGACUCAGCUUGGGUUCUAAUGAAAACAAAUGGAGUGAAGAAUACAAAGUACUACCCAUGUUGUAAGGAGCCUUACCCCGACAUCACAUUCAGCCUGACUGUUCUUCGCAAAAGCACUUAUCUGGUGGUUGUCUAUAUCUAUCCAGUGGUCAUCGUGGCAUUCGUCUCUCCAUUCAUAUUUCUUAUCCCACAUCAAAUACCAGGAAAAGUUCUUUUUGGACUGUUGGUUCUGCUCAUAGAAGUGAUACAGUUGAUGAUGUUAAACUCAGCUUUACCUGGACAUAGAGUAAACACACCGAUCGUAGUGUGGGUUUACUUGUAUAAUAUGGCCAUGACAACCGUCUCUUUGUUUCUUACACUCGUUACAACUAACCUGAGUGCAAGUGGUUUUUGUGGAAGACCUGUACCAAACUUCAUCAGAAAGUGUCUCCUCGACAACGCGAUUGGACGUCUUUGUGGUGUGUCAGAAACCUCAAUGAAUUAUGACGGUUUUGAGAACCCCCUACAUAUGACCUCAACCACAGAAGAUGGCAGUAAGAAUGGCGCCAAUACAGGGGUAGAAAGGGCAAAUACAGCGGUGACAUCAAACGUCGGAGAUUGGAAGAGAGUGGCCCUAACUCUGGAUCGCUAUUUCUUUGUCAUUAUGCUUGUGAUGUCAGUUGUCAUCACACUGGGAAUGUUAAAUCAGUAUCAGAUUUGAUCAUUAGAAACAGAAUGGUGACUCCAUAAGGGACUGGACCAGAUUGGAGAAACCACUGCACUUUCCUAGAUAAUACUUUAUAUAUAGCUUAAACACACUAAUUAUUGUGUAUAAUUAUUGUGUAUAUCUCUGCUGCGCCUGUAUUGUCAGACAGAUUUUAUAUGGAAAUAUAUUUUUAGAUAUUUGAAUAUAUUGAAA